AUGGCCAGUUCAACGGAGCGGACAUUCGUUCAGAGAUCCACAUUACUGCCAAUCUUUCCUCUGGAGCUCUGGGAUAUCAUCAUUGAAUACCUACAUGAUGAAGAAUCUGCUCAACAUCUGAGCCGACUUGCUCAAACAUGCCCGGCGCUUUAUUCUAGAAUUGACCCUCAGCUCUACAGCAAACCCGUACGCCUGUUCAAUUCAGAAAGCGGCGCUCAUCUUGCUCUCACGAUAGAGAAGCGUCCAGAGUUAGCACCACUCAUUCGUGAGAUUCGACACAAGCAGGAUGCUGGGUCAGAAUUUUGGUCUUCCCGUCAUCUCAAAUUUUAUGAGACGGCUGUGACUUUACCGAAUCUGGAAAACUUGAGUUUGAGAAGAAAUCCUAGGCCCUUUGAUUCUGCUCGGUGGGCCAGUGCACACGCUAGAGACGAAGCUAUGUUGCAAUGGGUGAAAAAAAUUGGCUCUGGAUCAGGGAGCGUCAAAGAGUACCGAGAGUUGGGAUAUGGGCCUUCAGGAGAGUCGUCGUUCAGUCCUCCAGAUAACGAGCUUAGUUAUACGCGAGAUGGCGCGGUUGAAACUUUGUUCUGGCACGCUUCUCUUCAACACCCGCCGGGGCUGCCUUCUCUACGUGUUUGUCACAUCGGAAGUGAUUAUGAUCACAACGAGAAGAAUCCUAAGAUGGAUGGCAGAUGCUUACCAAUUUUCAAUGAAGCACUCUUCUGCCAUCCAGGUUUAAAAAAGCUCUGUAUCACUGGCGCUACUUUCCGAAUGUCCCAGUCUGGGCUUGCGCCAACAACAUCCAAAUCGCCUUUGGAGGAACUAACCCUUUUGAAUUGCAUCAUGAAUCCAUUCGAUCUCCAAACAGUCCUCGAACACCCAGCAGCCUUGAAGCGGUUCACUUUCAGAGGCCCUAGGUCGCAGAAGAUGUUAGACCCCGAGGAUGAAGCCCAAUGUUACAUUCAAUCGGUGCUCGCACACGACAAUUCCUUGGAAUAUAUAGAUUACGAUCUUUACUGGGGUGGGGACGAGGAGACAGAUUUUGAACUGGAUCCUGCAGAUGAUAUUCUGCCGCCGAAUCUCGAGAGUCUUACGAUACGAUAUGACGAAGUGAAGGCCUGGCUUCCUUCGGCUAUCUACGAGAUGGUGAACGACGGGAAACUCCCAAAGCUGCGUCGCUUUACUUGCGAGGUACCAGAAAUAAUAGAGCGACUCCCAUCAAUCAACCCAGACAAGUCCCACCCACCUGCCACUGAGAUAUGUCAGGAGGGCAACACUUGGAAAAGCAAGUUUGCGGAGUUGAAUGUGGAGAUGUCCAUGGUAUCCGUUCCUUAUCCUCUUGAUCUACCCAAAUAUGACGUAUGUUCUUGCGAAUGUCUGUCCUUCUACCACCGCAUGUUCUACCAUCCAAGCAAACCAUUGACACUUCCUUGGGAGGAAAACGACUUUGGAGAGGAGGACGUGUUCUUUGAUGACUGGGCCGAUAUUGACGAUGAAAUAGACCUUGAUGGUCUUAUCGAUGAUCUUGCAGAGGAGUCUGGAUCUGACGUCUCGGCUUGA